UAAGCAUUUUCAUCAUCUUCUAUCUCUUAAUUUAGUCAUGGCAGCCUCAGUUUCUUUACUAGCCAUUGUUACACUUAUUUUUUCUGGUACAUUGGUCCCCAUUGAUGCAGCCAAAGAUGGGUUUACUGUAGAACUGAUCAACAGAGAUUCACCAAAAUCACCCUUCUACAACCCUCGUGAAACACCAACUCAACGUAUAGUGAGUGCAGUUCGUCGUUCGAUGAGUCGUGUUCAUCAUUUUAGCCCAACCAAAAACUCUGAUAUCUUUACUGAUACUGCACAGUCUGAGAUGAUUUCCAAUCAAGGUGAGUAUCUAAUGAAAUUUUCACUUGGCACACCGGCUUUUGACAUUUUAGCCAUAGCUGAUACAGGAAGUGAUCUUAUUUGGACACAGUGUAAGCCUUGUGAUCAAUGUUAUGAACAAGAUGCUCCUCUUUUUGAUCCAAAAUCUUCAAGUACAUAUAGAGAUAUCUCUUGCUCCACAAAACAAUGUGAUUUGCUGAAAGAAGGAGCAAGUUGUUCUGGUGAAGGUAACAAGACUUGCCACUAUUCAUAUUCAUAUGGAGACAGAUCUUUCACUAGUGGAAAUGUUGCUGCUGAUACUAUCACUUUAGGUUCUACAUCAGGCAGACCUGUUUUAUUACCCAAAGCUAUUAUUGGUUGUGGACAUAACAAUGGUGGAAGUUUCACUGAAAAAGGUUCAGGUAUUGUUGGCCUUGGCGGUGGCCCCAUUUCACUUAUUUCUCAACUGGGUUCUACAAUUGAUGGAAAAUUCUCUUACUGUUUGGUGCCUCUUUCAUCAAAUGCAACAAAUUCAAGCAAGUUGAAUUUUGGAAGUAAUGGUAUUGUUUCAGGCGGAGGAGUUCAAUCUACUCCUUUAAUUUCUAAAGAUCCCGACACUUUCUAUUUUCUUACACUAGAGGCAGUAAGUGUAGGAAGCGAAAGAAUUAAAUUUCCAGGUUCUUCUUUUGGAACAUCAGAGGGAAAUAUUAUCAUUGAUUCUGGAACAACACUGACAUUAUUUCCUGAAGAUUUCUUCUCAGAACUGUCUUCAGCAGUUCAAGAUGCGGUAGCUGGAACACCGGUCGAAGACCCGAGUGGUAUUCUUAGUCUUUGCUAUCGUAUUGAUGCAGAUCUUAAGUUUCCAUCAAUCACAGCCCACUUUGAUGGUGCAGAUGUGAAGCUGAAUCCUUUGAACACAUUUGUUCAGGUUUCUGACACUGUUUUAUGUUUUGCUUUUAAUCCUAUUAAUUCUGGUGCAAUUUUUGGUAACUUGGCACAGAUGAAUUUCUUGGUUGGGUAUGAUCUUGAAGGAAAGACUGUGUCAUUUAAACCAACUGAUUGUACACAGGAUUAAAUUAAUGGGUUACUGUUAGUUCAAAUUCAGGUUCUUUUUAUAAUAAAAGGGAAAAUUGUUUAGGGGUUCUUGAAAUUUAGC